AUGAGGGCUCGGAUUGCCUUCUUGCUGGCUGUCGCGCUGCAAUUGCAAUCCCAUCUUCUAUGGCGCACUGGCGCGCGGAAAGAAUCGCCUCCGCCACUGGAGGAGCUCUGGCCUCCAGAAGACGUCUUCCCACCGCCUCCACCUAAACGGCAAAGAGGGGCAAAAGUAAAACGACGUACAAUUACAUUACUGCGAGAGUCCGGGAACCCACCCACCGCGGCCGAUGCGACGGCGGCCUCCGCCUCCGCCUCCGCCUCCACCCCAACCUCCUCCGCGCCUUCGGCCGGCACCACCCGUGCUUCUGGACGAGCAACCGCCUCCGUACGAAUUCCUAGACCCCCCUCCGCCAAGUCCCCCUCCCAGCGACCUCCGAACAGCCCCCCACGACCUCCUCCUCCUCAACGUCCGGCACCGUCCCCGCCGUCGCCAGCUCCGCGGUUUCCGUCUCCAGGUCCACCCCCCCCAUCUCCCCCAGAGGACCUCCUGGUCUUCUCCCGCAAAUUCGCCCACGUCACGCGGACGGCUGACGGUCCUUUCCCUUGCGCCUGGGUGACCGUGGAUGGCGCUGACUUCCGCGCGCGGCGCUUCGUUUUCCCCCCCACGUGGGACCCGGUAGUGGUCGACAUUCCUGGUUUCGUAUACACCGUGGAGGCCGCAGGAAUGGAACGAACGCUGCCGGUCGCCGUCUGCACGUCUCCGGAGCCAUGUGCGAGUUUGCAAGCUGUGGAGUCCUCCGCAGGCCUGAGCACCCUAGAGCUCCUCCUACCACCCACACAAAACACACCGACGAGCCCCUCCAGCGCCAGCAGCAGUAAUAAGAACCGCUUGCAGCUUCAAAGCGCGAUCUACCCCCAUGGCAUUUUUGUGCUGGCCCCCUCGGACGGCAGUUACAACAGUUAUUCGGUUGAGGUCUGCACUAGGGUUCCCAAGGCGGUGGCCGCUGCCUGCCCCCUCUCCUUUGGCGUCAUGUCUAUAUUACGCCCCGCGGACGCCAUGCCGACGGAAGCCGACCCGUACGGACCGUACGGUGCCGUACUUCCACAGACGACGUGGUCCAAUCCCCUGGCGCAGCUCGCCGCCGCCAGAGCUGCCGCCGAAGAGUCAAUCCCCGCUGUUAUCACUUCAGGCUGUGCACCACCGCCAGGCCUGGAUGAAAAAAACAAGGCGGUGGUGUUUUCUUGGGGCUGGGAUUUUUCCAGCUUGCCACCUUCCCUGGCCGCGACCGGCUUCGUGGCGGUGUACGGGGAUUAUCCUGUACGACAGAUGUGGAGUGGUAGCUACAGACUGCAGUACGGUGGCCCGGCCGGCGUCAGGUUCGGGGUCAUAUUGCAGUUGGGGGUCGAGGACGAUGGCUCUGAUGUCGGUACACGAACACGUACGGAGGCGGCAGCGGUUCGGGAGUUCGUUGGUACGGCGGAUGUCCCGACAGAUGAAGGCCGCCUCCCCGAUAGCCCCCACCCUGACCUCGCAUGUUGCAUGUGGCAUAAGUCCGCGCACGGUGUGGCAUUCUGCUUCCGCCGAGACAGUGAGAAAAGAUGGCUAUCCAAGGUAUGA